AUGGUAAUCUUGUGUAUUGUUUGGGACACUGCGAUAUACAUCAAGUUUAUUGGAGAAAUGGCGGAACAUUCUGACAGUAAUGCAAAUUGGGAUAAAUAUGAUGACAUCGUUGUCUUCACAUCUUCUUCUUCAUCUUCUUCUGAUGAUGAAUAUAUGUCGGAAUCCUCGGUUGAUACAAACGUAGCUCACGUGGAAACAUCCUAUGGUGAUAUGAUAGCUAAGUGUCACGUGGAAACAUCCGAUGGUGAUAUGAUAGCUAAGUGUGUUGAAAUGGGAUUCUCGUUCGACAUGAUAGAUAGAGCGAUUGAACAUACUUUCGGAGGAAGUCCAGAACUGAUAAUUGAAACUCUAAUCAAGUAUACUUCAAGUUUUGUAGCUACUUGUUCGAAAUCUAAGGUCAUAGAUUAUCUUACUGGAGAAGAAAAUGUAGAGGAGAUAACAAAUGCACUUUUGAGUAGAGCUGAGGCUGAGAAGAUGCUUAAAGCAGAUAAUAAUGAUAACGCCAAUCUUUACUUAGGCCUAUCAUUUUCACAUGAAAAGAAUGAGCUAAACUCAUACAAUGAAGAUGGUAGAUUGCAAUCUUUGAUCAAAAUGGGAUAUCCAAUGGAAGAGGCUUCUAUUGCUAUAGAGAGAUGUGACUCUUCAGGAGUUAAGUCAAGUGUGGAAGAGGUCAUUAACUUCAUUUCUGCUGCUCGGAUGGCAUGGCAGUCUGAUGAAAUUUAUGCAAAACCUGAUGAAGAAGAGCCAACAAAAAAUGCCAAGAAGAAGAGGCGCACACUCAAUGAGUCACCGAACACUGCCAUCCACCUACCAAAACCUAUGACCGGCUUUGGUCUACCUGACCAGCCUGGGGUCAUGACGGAAAGACCGGUACCAGUUCCGAGCAUCGCUAUUGGCCCACCCUACUUUUAUUACGAGAAUGUCGCGAUGGCACCAAAAGGUGUCUGGGAUACGAUAUCAAGGCAUCUCUACGACAUCAGUCCAGAAUUUGUUGAUUCAAAGUAUUUCUGUGCUGCCGCAAGGAAGACAGGUUAUGUUCAUAACCUCCCAAUCAGCAACAGAUUUCAGGUUCGACCGCCACAACCCAGUACUAUACAGGAAACAUUUCCAUUAACCAAGAAAUGGUGGCCGGCUUGGGACACGAGGACGACGCUCAACUGUUUGGUAACUAGCAUCGGCAGUGCCCCAUGCGCAAAUGAAAUACGUGAAGAUCUUGAGAAUCAUGAUGGGGACCUCAGUGUUCAGAAAAGGGUCAUGGAUAAAUGCAAGAAAUUGAAUCUGGUUUGGGUCGGUAAGAACAAAGUUGCCCCGCUAGAACCAUCUGAGAUGGAACAGCUUCUAGGUUUCCCAACAAAUCAUACCCGAGGAGGUGGUCUUAACAAAACUGGUCGCUACAAGGCUCUUGCAAACUCAUUUCAGGUUGAUACCGUUGCCUAUCAUUUGUCUGUCCUUAAGCCAUUGUUCCCAAACGGAAUAAACGUUCUGUCACUCUUCACCGGGAUAGGUGGUGGAGAAGUUGCACUGUACCGUCUUGGAAUUCCGAUGAACGUAGUUGUAUCUGUUGAGAUAUCUGAGGCGAACAGAAACAUAUUACGGAGUUUCUGGGAAAACACUAAUCAAAAGGGUGUUCUAAAAGAGUUCACGGAUGUCGAACAGCUACACGACAAUGUGGUUGAGCAGCUUAUGGACCAGUAUGGAGGGUUUGAUCUUGUCAUAGGCGGUAGCCCGUGUAACAACAUUUCCGGAGCUAAUGGGGUUAGUGGGAGCGGAGUCGAAGGAGAACACUCUUCACUGUUCUAUGAUUAUUGCAGGAUUUUGGAUGCUGUUCGACUAAGUAACUUCACCAUUAAAAUGGAGCCUAAAGCGACCAUGAACGAUCUAAGACCCAGAAGACUGGCUUUCCUUGAGGUUACUCCUCGUCCUUUCACGUCUGUUCUUCACAAUGCUUCUUGUUCAAAGGAUGUUCCAGGAGCACAUCAUCCGCAGAGGCCAGUGAUUGAGGAUUUCAAGAUUAAGGUGUUUGAGAAUCUGACUUCAAAAGCUGGAAAGGUGUUAGAGAUUGGUAUUGGGACAGGUUUUAAUAUGAGAUACUACGCUGCUCGUAAUGUGAAUGUAACUGUUCUUGGGUUGGAUCCAAAUCCCGAAAUGAAGAAGUACGCACGCAAAUCCGCUAAGAGAGCAGGAUUGAGACCUAAAAACUUUAGAUUCAAGCAAGGAGUAGGAGAAGCUAUACCACUAGGUGAUGAAUCUGUGGAUGCAGUUGUUGCAACACUUGUUCUAUGUUCUGUCUCUGAUGUCACUCAAACACUCAAUGAAAUCAAGCGAGUGCUGAGACCAGGAGGUGUUUUCAUUUUCUUAGAGCAUGUUGCAGCGAAAGAUGGAACUCUCUUGAGGCGUUUGCAGAAACUGUUAGAUCCACUGCAGCAGAAGUUAGCAGAUGGAUGCCAUUUGACAAGAAACACGAGAGAUUGCAUCUUGGAAGCUGGUUUCAAUGGCGGCGCCGAAAUAGAGACCGUGUCGACGUAUAGCUUCCCGUGGGUAACAAGACCUCAUAUCUAUGGAGUUGCUUACAAGUAAAACCAUCGAGUCUACACAAUGAUUGGUUAAAAUGGAUAUGAUUCUUUAUGAUUGUAUAAUUUGUAUUUGUAACUGAAUGUUGUUUCUUUAAGGGAAAAGCUAGAUGCCGUGAAAGUUUAUAAGACAAGUCUCCUAUGAAGAAGUUUAAACUGAUGAAUGGUUUUGGAAUGUAUAUGCUUGAGC